AUGAAGUGUAUCUUGGCAGUCCUGGUCUGCCUCCAGGUCUUGGAGGCAUCGGUAGUCAGAGUCCCCCUGAAGAAAAUGAAGUCCAUCCGUGAUGUCAUGAAGGAGAAGGGCUUACUGGAGGAGUUCCUGAAGAACCACAAAUAUGAUCCAGCUCAGAAAUACAACGCCUUCAGUGUGGCCUACGAGCCCAUGGCCUACAUGGAUGCUGCCUACUUUGGAGAGAUCAGCAUCGGGACCCCACCCCAGAACUUCCUGGUCCUCUUUGACACUGGCUCCUCCAACCUGUGGGUGCCCUCUGUCUACUGUCAGAGCCAGGCUUGUACCAGCCACUCCCGAUUCAACCCCAGCCAGUCAUCCACCUACUCCACCAAUGGGCAGACCUUUUCCUUGCAGUACGGCAGUGGCAGCCUCACUGGCUUCUUCGGCUAUGACACCCUGACUGUCCAGAGCAUCCAGGUCCCCAACCAGGAGUUUGGCCUGAGUGAGAAUGAGCCGGGUACCAACUUCAUCUAUGCAAAGUUCGAUGGCAUCAUGGGCAUGGCCUACCCUGCUCUGUCCAUGGGCAGUGCCACCACAGCCCUGCAGGGCAUGCUGCAGAAUAAUGACCUCACCAGCCCCAUCUUCAGCUUCUACCUCAGCAACCAGCAAAGCUCUCAGGAUGGAGGAGCCGUUGUCUUCGGGGGUGUGGACAACAGCCUGUACACAGGCCAGAUCUACUGGGCCCCUGUCACCCAGGAACUCUACUGGCAGAUUGGCAUUGAGGAGUUCCUCAUUGGCGGCCAGGCCUCCGGCUGGUGCUCCCAAGGUUGCCAGGCCAUUGUGGACACAGGAACCUCUCUGCUCACCGUGCCCCAGCAGUACAUGAGCGCCCUUCUACAGGCCACCGGGGCCCAGCAGGACCAGUAUGGAGAGUUUGUCGUGAACUGUAACAACAUCCAGAACCUGCCCACCUUCACCUUCACCAUUAAUGGUGUGCAGUUCCCUCUGCCACCUUCCUCUUACAUCCUCAACAAUAACGGCUACUGCACCGUGGGCGUCGAACCCACCUACCUGCCUUCCCAGAACGGCCAACCUUUGUGGAUCCUCGGGGACGUCUUCCUCAGGUCCUACUACUCUGUCUACGACAUGGGCAACAACAGGGUGGGCUUCGCCACUGCCGCCUAG